UACGAAUGCGACUAUUGCAACAAACGGUUCAUGACUCCCGAGGCACGCUCCCAGCACAUUAACCAUAAGCACCCUACCGUUGAAUUCCCCCAGUGCAACAGCGUAUUCUGGACAGUCGAAGCCAGGGAUCAGCACGCCUACGACAAGCACCCCUCCUUCGAAUGCGCCCGCUGCGGCAGAGCCUUCCGGACUCCUGAAGCGAGGGAUCAGCAUGCCACCGACACACACCCGACCUUCGAAUGUAUCCAUUGUGAUAAAGUAUUUCGGACUGCUGAAGCAAGGGAUCAACACACCGUCGACACACACCCGACCUUCGAAUGUGUCCGGUGUGAUAAGGUAUUCUGGACUGCUGAAGCAAGGGACCAACACGCCUCCGACAAGCACCGG